UGCCACCUCUUUGUAGUCUGUUCAUCAUCAUCACCACUUUCGUCGUCUCUCUUAGAAGGCAGCCAUUUGUUUUCAUCUUUUCUCUCAAAAAAAAAAAAAUAGAUAGAUCUCCACAAUAAUAAUAAACCUUUAAUUUUAGUAUACGCAGAAUUACAGAUACAUCGGUGCUUGGAUUUCUGUAAUUCCGAUUUUACCCCUUGGAAGAUUCUAGAAGGCGGGGGAGUAAAAAUUGAUGAAGGUGGAUUUAGGGUUUGAUGGGUGAUCGAUAAUGCCUCAAUUGCGUAGUGGAGUGCGCAAAGGCCGUAACAACAAGAGAGUUACAAGGCAAAGAGGAAAGAAGAAGAAUAGUACAGCGGAGGCUAAGGAGGUUGUACCAGUAGCUAAUGAGGUUGUACUACCAUUAGGUGAAGAGGUAGGAGAAAGAAAUAUGGAUGAGUAUGAAAGUGGAGGAGGACAAAGUGGUGAUAAAGGUUUAGGUGCUGAAGAUGAAGGCAAUACUGCUCCAUUACCUGAAAGGAUCCAGGUUGGUGGAUCGCCAGCAUAUAGGAUUGACAGGAAACUUGGUAAAGGAGGGUUUGGUCAAGUGUAUGUAGGUCGUCGUGCAAACCCACCAAAUCCACAUGAAAGAACUGGGGCAGGAGCUGUAGAGGUUGCAUUGAAAUUCGAGCAUAGAAGCAGCAAAGGUUGUAACUAUGGACCACCUUAUGAGUGGCAAGUCUACAAUGCCCUUGGUGGUAGUCAUGGUAUACCACGCGUACAUUACAAGGGACGUCAAGGUGAUUACUAUAUAAUGGUUAUGGAUAUGCUUGGUCCUAGUUUGUGGGAUGUCUGGAACAAUAAUUCCCACUCGAUGUCUGUUGACAUGGUAGCAUGCAUUGCCAUUGAAUCAAUUUCCAUACUAGAGAAACUGCAUUCCAGAGGGUAUGUGCAUGGGGAUGUAAAGCCUGAAAACUUUCUUCUUGGAACCCCUGGAACUCCUGAUGAAAAAAAAUUGUUUCUUGUUGACCUUGGAUUAGCAACAAGGUGGCGUGAUACUUCUACUGGCUUACAUGUCGAGUAUGAUCAACGGCCUGAUGUCUUCAGAGGAACUGUAAGGUAUGCUAGUGUGCACGCUCACCUGGGAAGGACUGGAAGCCGGAGGGAUGAUUUAGAGUCACUGGCUUACACACUCAUCUUUCUUCUCCGAGGCCGGCUGCCUUGGCAGGGAUACCAGGGCGAGAACAAAGGUUUCCUUGUCUGUAAGAAAAAGAUGGCAACUUCUCCAGAAACUCUUUGCUGCUUCUGCCCUGCUCCGUUUAGGCAGUUUGUGGAAUAUGUUGUGAACUUGAAGUUUGACGAGGAGCCUAACUAUGCUAAGUAUAUCUCCUUAUUUGAUGGAGUAGUAGGUCCAAAUCCGGACAUCAGGCCAAUCAACACUGAUGGUGCACAAAAGCUUAUUUACCAAGUUGGGCAGAAAAGAGGAAGAUUGACAAUGGAAGAAGAAGAUGAUGAACAGCCGAAGAAGAAGGUUCGCAUGGGAAUGCCUGCGACACAAUGGAUCAGUGUUUACAAUGCUCGUCGCCCAAUGAAGCAAAGGUAUCACUAUAACGUUGCUGAUAUGAGGCUAGCUCAGCACAUUGAGAAAGGAAAUGAGGAUGGACUAUUUAUCAGCAGUGUGGCAUCUUCUUCGAACUUGUGGGCCCUAAUCAUGGAUGCGGGAACUGGGUUCAGCUCCCAAGUUUAUGAAUUAUCACCCUUUUUUCUUCACAAGGAAUGGAUUAUGGAGCAAUGGGAGAAGAAUUAUUAUAUUAGUGCCAUAGCUGGAGCUAAUAAUGGGAGCUCAUUAGUUGUAAUGUCAAAGGGUACGCAGUAUCUGCAGCAGUCAUACAAAGUCAGCGAGUCUUUUCCAUUUAAGUGGAUAAACAAAAAAUGGAGAGAGGGGUUUUAUGUCACUGCCAUGGCAGCUGCAGGAAGCAGAUGGGCAAUUGUUAUGUCCCGUGGGGCUGGUUUCUCUGAGCAGGUGGUGGAAUUAGAUUUUCUCUAUCCUAGUGAGGGGAUCCACAGGAGAUGGGAUGCUGGUUAUAGGAUUACAUCGACUGCAGCCACAUGGGAUCAAGCUGCUCUUGUUCUAAGUGUUCCAAGAAGGAAACCUGCAGAUGAAACACAAGAGACACUUCGUACUUCUGCUUUUCCUAGCGCUCAUGUCAAGGAGAAAUGGGCAAAAAAUCUUUACCUUGCAUCUGUCUGUUAUGGGCGAACUGUUUCUUGAGGCACCAAGGUUUGGCAGCUAAUUUUCCUUGGUGCCAUGAGAUAACCCUGAAUGUGCCUUGAGCAACUGCCUGCUUAUUUUUCUAACAAAUGGAGAAGAAUAGACGGCACUUGUUUCAUGCUUGUCAAAUCGGCUUUUCUUCUCAUUUGGUGAUGCUAUUUGCAAAAUCCAUUGCCGUCAAUGUGUGUGAAUAUUAGUAUAGGCAGUUUAUGAGCUAGGAUGGGAGUAAUUUACAAAUUUGUUAAAGAUUGUACAUAUUGAAGAAUAAUUAGUUUUCAGAUGCAAGCCAAACAGGAUAUUUUGUAGUAUUAUGAACCCUGCAAUUUAAUAUUUUGUGAAGGAGUUUGAACACUGGUA